GGUGAAAAAGGGGCGGGCGAACGUUCCAGACUACAGCAACAGCUCCGUGUUGUUCUGCGGAGCCUGUCCUGACGUUACCUCACUAACCCAGGAAACACAGUCACACUCAGUCUGUGGGGAGUAUUUCGGCGUUCAGACACGUUUACCUGGACACAGAAUGGCUGCCCUUCAUCGGUUGAAGCAGUGCCCCUCCAUGGGUAUUGCUGUCUCUCGUCUUCACACCAGCAGCAGAGCCUCUGCUAAAUUGCAUUACAAAAUGCUGGUGCUCGGAGGAGGAAGUGGGGGAAUUGCAAUGAGCGCACGAAUGAAGAGGAUGAUGGGAGCAGAGAAUGUGGCCGUUGUGGAGCCCAAUGAGAUGCACUACUACCAGCCAAUUUGGACCUUGGUUGGUGCUGGGGCAAAAACUGUUGCUUCAUCAGGUCGUCCCACUGCAAGUGUAAUGCCAUCUGGAGUGAAGUGGGUGAAAGCUAAGGUUCAGGAAAUAAACCCUGAUACAAAUACUGUCUGCACAGAUGACGGGACUGAAAUUUCCUACGAGUAUUUGAUUGUAGCCCUUGGUUUGCAACUGCAUUUUGAGAAGAUUAAAGGGUUGCCAGAAGGGUUUGAGCAUCCAAAGAUUGGAUCAAAUUACUCAGUUGAAACCGUGGGGAAAACAUGGAAGGCGUUGCAGGACUUCAAAGAAGGCAAUGCUGUUUUCAGUUUCCCAAACACUCCUGUGAAAUGUGCUGGAGCUCCACAGAAGAUCAUGUACCUGUCAGAUGCCUAUUUCAGAAAGACGGGGAAGAGGUCAAAGGCCAAUAUAAUAUACAAUACAUCGCUGCCUGUGCUCUUUGGGAUCAAGAAGUAUGCUGAUUCGUUGUGGGACAUUGUGAAACGUCGUAACCUACAAAUUAAUCUCAGACAAAACUUGAUUGAGGUGCGGGCAGACAAGCAAGAAGCUGUGUUUGAGAACCUGGACAAACCAGGUGAAACCACAGUGUUUGAGUAUGAGAUGCUUCAUGUUACGCCGCCAAUGGGGCCCAGUUCGGUGAUUAAAGGUGGCCCCCUGGCUGAUGAAGCUGGCUGGUUAGACGUCAGCAAGGAAAACCUCCAACAUAAAAGGUAUCCUAAUGUGUUCGGGAUUGGAGAUUGUACCAACCUGCCGACGGCCAAAACAGGCGCUGCUGUGGCUGCACAGUCUGCAGUCCUGCACAGAACCAUCCGCAAGGUACUGAAAAAUGAGAAGCCUGAUAAGACGUAUGAUGGCUACACGUCUUGUCCAUUGGUUACAAGUUACAAUACAGUCAUUCUGGCAGAGUUUGACUACAAUGGACAACCACUAGAAACAUUUCCCAUCAAUCAAGCCAAGGAAAGAAGAAUAAUGUACCACAUGAAAGCAGAUGUGAUGCCUCAUCUCUAUUGGCAUGGGCUUCUGAGGGGCCUAUGGGGUGGACCGGGACCGUACAGGAAAAUGAUGCAUCUUGGAAUGAAAUGAACCUUUAUCAUACUUGGAAAGUUAAGAUUUAUAUUCUCUUAACAUUUAAACAAGUAGCAGUUAUUCAAACCAUAAUCUACAAGAGCAGGCACACAGGUUUUAUAUAUGACCACAGCUGAUUACAACAAGUUAUAGUUAAUGCUAAACUGUGGAAUUAAAUGUUUUUUUUUAAUAGUAAUUCACCUUUAAUUACUAGCUUUAGCUGCUUUGGCACUUUAUCCACCAGUUUGAGACAUUUUUGAGACAAGAACAAAAGUUUAAAGGUUCUUCCUCCCCAUUAAUCAAGAACUACUUUUUUUACUUUUAAGCUAACCAGGCUUUUAAAAUGAUUAUUCUGCUUAUUCUCAGUAUAAAAGUGUUUUACAGGUAAUGAUUGAUAUUUAGAAAUGUGUUGUCCAGUGUCGCAACAAUAUAUGCUUGUUAUUACAAGUAUUGCAAUGACGAUGGUUGAAAGCACAAUUUGCCAUUGUACGUUGUACUGCUAGACUGCAUGUCUAUAAACUGGUCGGUUGGUGGAAUUCAGUCGUUAAAUGUGUAGGCUCUUGUCAGGUCUUGUCUGUUUCCAGCUUGCGCUCUCCAAUACGCAGUUUGAAAACAUCUUUGCAAGGUUCAUACUCAUUUGUGCUACCAAAUUUUUUAUAUAAAUUUUACCUUUGGAGAUGUUUUCAUUUAAUAUCCAAAAUAAUACAAAUGCAUUUACUUAUUUCUAAACAUUAUUUUCAGCAGAAGUAAUGAAACUUUACCAAGUUUGAGUCACUAAUAAAAGAAAAAUUAAGUCAAAAAUGCUGGUUGGUGUUUGUUUCCAAAAUACAGUCUUAGGGUCAAAAUGUGAAAUUCUGACGAUUUUUACUCAAAAGGAAUUUUUGUUUCAGAGAUAAAUGUACUUCAAAACACUGUUUGAACAUUACAAUACAUUCACUGAUAUAAAUUACAUAAGGCAAUAUAUAUGUGUAUUAACAAUUUAUUAUAUACAUCAAAAACAUCCACUAAGCAGCACUUUUGUAAUUUGUUCUCCCAGUUCUUCCUAUUAAAGAAUGUAAGAUUUACCACAUUUAAUCUGAGGCAAAUUUUCUUUUCUAAAAAAAAAAAAAAAAAAAAUGCAGACCAGUGAGAUCAGCUCAUAAUGGUGAGACUUGAGCAUUACUUCUGCAGCU